AUGGCAGCUGAGAGUCUUGCUGAGCUCCGCGAUUGGCUCUUUCUGCUCCUCCUGUGCCUCACCCUAUUGGCUGAGGUGCUGGAACUGGCGGCAGCGGCAAUUGCCAUGGAGACGGGCGAGGGAGAUGAGGGCAUUGUUUGUCCCUCAGUGUGCCGCUGUGAUGAGGGUUUUGUCUACUGCAAUGACCGUGGCCUCAGCUUAAUUCCUCCACUACCGUUAACGGCUGCAAUCCUCUACUUGCAGAGCAACCGGCUGAGUAACGCGGGGCUGCCUCCGUCACUGGAACGCAGCACUUCCAUACGAGUGAUUUACCUGUAUGCCAACCAGUUGGAUGAAUUCCCUAUACACCUCCCGCCUUCGUUACGGGAGCUCCAUUUGCAGGAUAAUAAUAUACGAACGUUACCCCGGUCAGCUCUGGCCAAGUUACCAUUACUAGAACGUUUGCACCUGGAUGAUAACUCAAUAUCAACAGUUAGCAUCCAGGAGAGAGCUUUUUCUGGGACUCCACGGCUUCGACUGCUGUUUCUGUCUCGGAACCACCUGUCCAGCAUACCCGCAGGCUUGCCAUCUUCCUUGGAGGAGUUGCGACUGGACGACAACAGAAUCAGCACCAUCCCCACGCAUGCCUUCCGGGGGCUCUCAUCGCUGCGACGCUUGGUCCUGGAUGGGAACCUGUUGGCCAACACGCGCAUUGCAGAUGACACCUUUUCCCGUCUCUCCAACCUGACUGAGCUGUCACUGGUGAGGAACGCUCUGCAGUCACCACCUGUCAACCUGCCUUCAGCUCACCUGGUACGACUCCAUUUGCAAGACAAUGGAAUGACCCACAUACCGAGGGGGGCGCUGGAUGGGAUGCGGCGGCUACAGAGGCUCGACCUGUCAGGGAACAAUCUGACCAGUCUCCCCCGAGGACUUCUGAAGGACACAGAAAGCCUGGAGAUGCUACUGCUGCGAGGAAACCCCUGGUACUGCGGCUGCAACCUUCGCUGGCUCCACAUCUGGCUGCACGGCCGGGGGGCAGCAGUGACAGUCAGAGGUCUGACCUGUCAGGGGCCUGAGCCUGUAAGGGGCCAGACCCUGAGAGACCUAACCUCCCUGAUGGAGCAGUGCGAAGGCCCCCCUGCUGGUCCCAGUACUGGAGUUGGAGGGAACCCAGCAGAAAAAGAUGGUGGAGGUGAAGAUGGUGUUGGAGGGGGGCAAGCAGUGGCUUCAGUCCCCCAUGUCAGCACCACCACUACCUCUCUGCUGGUCCCCACACAAGGUUCCCUCUUUACCCUGAGAGCCAAGCGGCCAGGCCUUGUUAUGCCGCUGCCUCCCAGUGAAGGAGGGCAGGUAUCUGGAGAGGCCUUGGAGCUGACUGUAAAACCUCUCUCUUCAGACAGUGUACUGGUCAGUUGGUUGUGCCCACAGCCAGCACCCUCCUUCCGCUUGUCGUGGCUGAGGUUGGGUAGCAGUGCAGCUCUUGGUUCAAUAACAGAGACUUUGGUUCCUGGAGAGAGGAGACAGUACCUCCUUACCCAGCUCACCCCACGCUCACAUUACCUCAUCUGCCUGCUGCCACUACGACAGGAGCCCUCCUUUGGGGGUUCCAGCAUGGGUUCAUCUCGAGCUGGCAGCAUGGACACAGACAGUAAAGACUCGGCUCCGGCCUGUGCUCAGAUAGAGACUGGAGAGGCUCUGGUCAGCUCAGGAGGGGAGGGGUCAGAUAAAGAGGGACAGGACUCAGAGCUAACAGCCCUGCCACUGGCUGGGAUCAUAGGGGGUGCCACAGCAUUGGUAAGCCUACUGUUAAUAUUUGGCAUCUUCUGCUGGUACGGACAGAGGGCAGGUUACAUGUCCGGGGACUCAGGCUCAUACAGCAGGGGCCGGGGUGGAAAACAUUAUGAUGACUAUGUAGAGUCAGGCACCAAGAAAGACACUUCCAUCUUAGAGAUUAGGGCCCCUCCUGCAGGGUUUCAGAUGACAGCUAUGGCCCAUCAGCCACUGCAGCCGAAGCUGGAGGAUGUCACCUACAUCCACACCAUUUUCCCCUCCUCUUCCUCUUCCUCCCAAGCUAACGGGACCUACCGGAGCAGCCACGGGGCUGGCAGUCUCAACGGCACCAUCCUCAGCCAAACCAGCCACCAUCAUGUCACUUAUGGCACCAACCGUGGCUACAGAGAGGGUGGCAUCCCCGACAUAGAUUAUGCCUACACGUGAUGAUACAGGGACACACUCCCUGAGCCAUGAACGCCAGGCGCCAUUUCUAAGGAUGACGACCCUUGGCUAGUGGCCAUUUUGUCCUUGGUUUCCAAAGUACCCUCUGUGCCUCUGCUGGUUCAAUUCUGAUUGGUUUGCUAAGUAGAAAAGACUGAUUUCAGCUAUGUUGAUUGGACAUUGCUACUGAGUGACAGAAGUAAGAGUCCUACUAUACUCUGCUACUGUAUACUACAUUAUACAGUAGGCCCUUCUUUCAGCGCUACUUAUAGUUAUAAAUGGUUUUCUCUUUUGGAUAUCUCAGUGUC